AUGAAUUCUUUUGCUACUCCGCCUUUGACUGAAACUCGCUUACCUUUCUAUCAAUCCUCCUCCCCUGUUUGCUUGGAUCCGAAACAUUCAUUGCUGAACAAUUCCGAUAGCGUUCUCACCUGCAACAACAUUCCUCCUUCUUCUGCUGCUCCUCGUAAACGCCAACGGGAUUCGAUGGUGAUGAUGAGGGGAAAAGAAAUUGAAACUGGAAGAGCAGAGAUGAUGUUGGCGAUUCAACAAGGGAUCACCAUGAAACUCAAAGAGAAAGACGAUGAGAUACAGAGGAUGGGAAAGCUCAAUUGGGUUCUCCAAGAGCGUGUCAGAAGUCUAUGGGUUGAGAAUCAGAUUUGGAGGGAUUUGGCUCACACCAACGAAGCCACGGCCAAUUCUUUGAGCAGCGAUUUAGAACAGGUUCUAGCCCACGUCGGAGAAGACCGCCGUGCUUCCGCCGCUGGCAACGACCAAGCUGCGGUUGUUGAGGAUGAUGCAAAGUUGUCACCCAAUUCCUUGAUGGCAAAGUCGUGA